UAAGACCGACGAUGAGAUAUUUGCCAGGUGCAACUUAAAUAGGAAACGUUACUAAGCGCAGGUGUAGGUCGUCCCUAUACUAAUCAGACAAUCAACUAGUAAGCAUGUGAACUGGAACAAGAAAAAUUUGAUGCUGCUCACCGCCACCCUCUGGUGACAAGACCGGGGUAUGACAGAUCCUACGUUUGAUAGAUGUUAUAUAUGGAUUGAUGAAUGGAUGGAUAAAGCUAUGUGACCAUAAGCGUAAUUCAAUUGUUCAUAGUGACGUCUGGUGCUGUUUUGGAUUGCUUUUGUAAUGCGAUAAUUAUUUUGGUAAGCGGAAAAAUGUUCCAAGACAAUAGGAUUGUGCUAAAUAAGCAAUGUUUAUAAAGACGUGUGCCAUUUUUUUCUCAGUAGUUUUUCUCCGUUACGGUUUAUUAUAGAAUAGCUGCUGAAAAGGAUUUCCUUCUAAAAGUAUAAUUAUACUUCACAUAUUUUACCAUAAAUAUGUGGGGGAUAUAUAUAUUAAAAUACAUUGAAUGCACAUGACAGAUUUUUUGGAAAUUAACAAAGGAAAUUUAAGAAUAGCAACAAGACAUAUAAAGAAAAAAAUAUUUUUCAUUAAUUCAGCCAAAAUAGUCUGGGAUAUCUCAAAAGACUUUUUUCCCCGAAAAUCGAAUACUACGUUUCUGUUGCGGAUGUUUUUUUCACGGCACUAUUUACUUAGCGAAUAAGGUUGUGUUUAUUUAUUAGUUAGUUUAUUUAUUUGUUCAUUUAGUGUUACUCUCAAAACUUUCACACAGUGUAGCUGGGGAGAGCUGUAACCCAAUUCCUCUCUGAUGUCAGGCAGAGUCAAAGCGAACUGGAGACAAAAAUCCGCUAUAGUAACAAGAGGAGAAGAAAAAAGCGAGAAAAACGGGAUCUGACAACAUGGCGCACUUUUUCUGGGAAAACUUUCUCUAGGACGCCUUGCACGCUCGAAUGGACCGAAAGUGCAAUGCUCGUCGUUUUUCUGGAUAAAUUAUAGAUAUUGGAGACGCUUUUUUCGUUUUUUGCGGAAUGCAGAGGCUUCUUUUAUUCAUUCAUGCGGAAAAUAUCAUGGGAUGAAAGUUGCCAAUUUCGGUAGCUGGAAAUCAAAGCACGAAGGCACAGGAUGGAGAAGCAAGGAAGCAGAAGAGAAAAGUUUUCCGUGCUGGGGCCACGGGUGCCAGGUGAUGGACGGGGCCUCAGCAAGGCGGACUUCAUGGAGAAGGUGCGGCAGAGUAACGAGGCCUGUCAGCGGGGCGACUUUGCCUUGGCUGUGCAGCUCUACGCCGCCGCCCUGCUGGCUGACCCCCAGAACUGCAUCCUCUACAGCAACCGCUCAGCCGCUCUGCUCAAGCUGGGCCAGUACAAGGCAGCGCUGGAGGACGCUGUCAAAGCCAGACAACUGAACCCCAAGUGGCCCAAGGCAUACUUCCGACAGGGUGUCGCCCUUCAGUACCUGGGUCGUCAUGCCGACGCCCUGGCUGCCUUCGCCUCCGGCCUGGCCCAGGACCCCAAGAGCCUGCAGCUGCUGGUGGGCAUGGUGGAGGCCGCCAUGAAGUCUCCGCUACGAGAGUCCUUGGAGCCCACCUACCAGCAGCUACAGAAGAUGAAGCUGGACAAGAGCCCCUUUGUGGUGGUUUCGGUCAUUGGCCAGGAGCUGCUGACAGCCAGCCACCAGGGGGCGUCGGUGGUGGUGCUGGAGGCGGCGCUGAAGAUUGGCACCUGCAGCUUAAAGCUGCGCGGCUCUGUCUUCUCUGCACUGAGCUCUGCUUACUGGUCGCUCGGCAACACAGAGAAGAGCAUCAGCUAUAUGCAGCAGGAUUUGGAGGUGGCCAAAACUCUAGGUGACCAAACGGGCGAGUGCCGCGCCCAUGGCAACCUGGGCUCGGCCUUCUUCUCCAAGGGGAACUACCGCGAGGCCCUGACCAAUCACCGCAACCAGCUGCUGCUGGCCAUGAAGCUGAAGGAGCGCGAGGCGGCCUCCUCGGCCCUCAGCAGCCUGGGCCACGUGUACACAGCCAUCGGCGACUACCCCAACGCCCUGGCCAGCCACAAGCAGUGCGUCCUGCUGGCCAAGCAAUCCAAGGACCAGCUGUCUGAGGCCCGGGAGCUGGGCAACAUGGGCGCCGUCUACAUCGCCAUGGGCGACUUUGACAAUGCUGUGCAGUGCCACGAGCAGCACCUGGGCAUCGCCAAGGCCCUGGAGGACCGGCGCGAGGAGGCGCGAGCCUACAGCAAUCUGGGCAGCGCGCACCACUACCGGCGUAACUUCGACAAGGCCGUGUCGUACCACACGCGCGUGCUGGAGCUGGCGCAGGAGCUGGGCGAGCGGCCCAUCGAGAUGCGAGCCUACGCCGGGCUGGGCCACGCCGCCCGCUGCAUGCAGGACCUGGACCGUGCCCGGCAGUACCACGAGCAGCAGCUGGCCAUCGCCGAGGGCCUCAAGGACCGGGCGGCCGAGGGCAGGGCCUCCUCCAACCUAGGCAUCAUCCAUCAGAUGAAGGGGGAUUACGAGACUGCACUGAAACUUCACAAGACCCAUCUCUCUAUUGCCCAGGAGCUGAGUGACUAUGCUGCCCAGGGUCGCGCCUAUGGAAACAUGGGCAAUGCCUACAACGCACUGGGCAUUUUCGACCAGGCCGUGCGCUACCAUCGGCAGGAGCUGCAGAUCUCCAUGGAGGUCAACGACCGCGCCUCGCAGGCCUCCACCCACGGGAACCUGGCUGUGGCCUACCAGGCCCUGGGCGCCCAUGACCGUGCCCUGCAGCACUACCAGAACCACCUGAACAUCGCCCGUGAGCUGCGGGAUGUUCAGAGUGAAGCCCGGGCCCUGAGCAACCUGGGGAACUUCCACUGCUCCCGUGGUGAAUUCCCCCAGGCUGUGCCCUACUAUGAGCAGUACCUGCGGCUCUCCCCAGACCUCCAGGACAUGGAGAAUGAGGGCAAGGUGUGCCACAACCUGGGCUAUGCCCACUACUGCCUGGGCAACUUCCAGGAGGCUGUGAAGUAUUACGAGCAAGACUUAGCUUUGGCUAAGGACCUGCAUGACAAGCUGAGUCAGGCCAAGGCCUACUGCAAUCUGGGGCUGGCCUUCAAGGCACUAGGUGACUUCAGCAAGGCAGAGGAGUGUCAGAAAUACUUGCUGUCGCUGGCCCAGUCCCUCAACAACUUGCAGGCGCGUUUCCGGGCACUGGGCAACCUUGGGGACAUCUUUGUGUGCAGGAAGGACCUGGUUGGUGCCGUGCCAUUUUAUGAGCAGCAGCUAACCCUGGCCCACCAGGCUGGCGAGCGGAAGAUGGAGGCAGCCGCCUACGCAGCCCUGGGUGCCGCAUACCGCAUGAUGCAGAAGUACGACAAGGCCCUGGGCUACCACACCCAGGAGUUGGAGGUAUACCAGGAGCUGGCGGAUGCCCUGGGCGAGUGCAAGGCCCAUGGGCACCUGGCGGCUGUCUAUAUGGCCCUGGGCAAGUAUACCAUGGCCUUCAAGUGCUAUGAGGAGCAGCUGGAGUUGGCCCAGAAGCUGAAGGAGCCCAGCACAGAGGCGCAGGUCUACGGCAACAUGGGCAUCACCAAGAUGAACAUGAAUGUGAUGGAAGAGGCCAUUGGCUACUUCGAGCAGCAACUGGCUGUGUUACAACAGCUCAGCGGCAAUGAGGCCCUGCUGGACCGGGGCCGAGCCCACGGCAACCUGGGUGACUGCUACGAGGCGCUGGGUGACUACGAGGAGGCCAUCAAGUACUACGACCAGUACCUCUCUGUGGCCCAGAGCCUGAACCGCAUGCAGGACCAGGAGAAGGCCUACAGGGGCCUGGGGAACAGCCACAGGGCUAUGGGAAACCUGCAGCAGGCGCUGGUGUGCUUCGAGAAGCGCCUGGUGGUGGCCCACGAGCUGGGCGAGUGCGGGGGCAAGGCCCAGGCCUACGGGGAGCUGGGCAGCCUGCACAGCCAGCUGGGCAACUAUGAGCAGGCGCUGUCCUGCCUGGAGCGGCAGCUGGGUAUCGCACGUGACACGGGGGACCGCGUGCUGGAGGGCGAGGCCAGCAGCGGCCUGGGAGCCGUGCAUCAGUUAAUGGGCGAGCACGAGGCCGCCCUGCGCUGCCACCAGCACCACCUGGAGAUCGCCGAGGAGACUGGCAGCGCCAGCGGCCAGGGCCGUGCCUACGGCAACCUGGGCCUCACCUACGAGUCGCUGGGCAACUACGAGCGUGCCGUGGUCUUCCAGGAGCAACACCUGAGCAUCGCCGCGCAGACCAACGACCUGGCGGCCAAGACGGUGGCCUACAGCAGCCUGGGCCGCACCCACCACGCCCUGCAGAACUACUCGCAGGCUGUCAUGUACCUGCAGGAGGGUCUGCGCUUGGCAGAGCAGCUGGGGAGGCGGGAGGACGAGGCCAAGAUCCGGCACCGUUUGGGACUUUCCCUGUGGGCCAGCAACAACCUGGAGGAGGCCCAGCACCAGCUGUACCGGGCGUCAGCGCUUUUCGAGACCAUCCGGCACGAGGCCCAGCACAGCACAGACUACAAGUUGUCCCUGUUUGACCUGCAGACCUCAUCCUACCAGGCUCUCCAGCGGGUCCUCGUCAGCCUUGGCCACCACGACGAGGCCCUAGCGGUGGCGGAGCGCGGUCGAACCCGGGCCUUUGCCGACUUGCUGGUGGAGCGGCAGACGGGGCACCAGGACUCGGACCCAUACAGCCCAGUGACAGUGGAGCAUGUGCUGGACGCAGUGAGCAGCCAGCGAGCUCUGGUGCUCUACUUCUCCCUGGCCGCCGGAUACCUGUACAGCUGGCUGCUGGCUCCAGGGGCAGGCAUCCUCAAAUUCCACGAGGUCUACUUGGGCGAGGGAGUGUCCGAGGCCGGCCCAGACCCCCAGGACGGAGGGGGGGGCAGUGGCGUGACCUCGCUGGAGCAGCACAUCGCCGGUGUCCGAGAAGCCCUGGGCGUGGACUCCUACUACAGCAGGGGUUGCUCCAAUAGCGAGACGGAGAGCGAGGCAGGAGACCUUCUCGACCAGCAGUUUGAGGAGCUCAACAACAAGCUGAACUCGGUGACAGACCCGACGGGCUUCCUGCGCAUGGUGUCCAGGAACAACCUCUUUAACAGUUAUGUGCAGCAGCAUUUCCGAAGCCAUUCUGCCUACUCAGGGGUGACCAGCAGGGUGACGACUUUACCCGUGGAAAACAAACUGCAUCCAGAUGAGUUUAAUCCCCUGUUAAUCUAUAAGCAGUCAGUACUCCUGCUAACCCCGCCCUCAAACUGGGCAGGUUUCAUGCUGAUUGGCAGUGAUGUCAAGCUGAACAGCCCCUCAUCUUUGAUUGGUCAGGCCUUGGCGGAGAUCCUGCAGCACCCUGAGCGGGCCCGAGAUGCCCUGCGGGUCCUUCUGCACCUGGUGGAGAAGUCCCUGCAGCGCAUCCAGAACGGCCAGCGCAACUCCAUGUACACGUCGCAGCAGAGCGUGGAAAACAAGGUGGGCGGCGUGCCCGGCUGGCAGGCGCUGCUGACCGCCGUGGGCUUCCGGCUCGACUCGGCCGGCACCGGGCUCCCUGCUGCCGUGUUCUUCCCCACGGCUGACCCCGGGGACCGGCUGCAGCACUGCAGCACCACGCUGCAGUCCCUGCUGGGGCUGCCACCCCCUGCCCUCAUGGCCCUCUGCAAGCUUGUCACGGCUUCUGAGACGGGAGAGCAGCUCAUCAACAGGGCUGUUAAAAACAUGGUGGGAAUGCUCCACCAGGUUCUGGUCCAGCUGCAGACGGGUGAAAAGGAGCAGGACUUCUCACUGGCGCCCAUUCAGGUGUCCAUCAGCGUCCAGCUCUGGAGGCUACCUGGCUGCCACGAGUUUCUGGCUGCACUGGGGUUUGACCUGUGCGAGGUGGGCCAAGAGGAGGUGGUCCUGAGGACCGGGAAGCAGGCGAACUGGCGCACACUGCACUUCGCGCUGCAGUCUCUGCUGGCGCUCUUCGACUCCACAGAGCUGCCGAAACGCCUCAGCCUGGACAGCUCAUCCUCCCUGGAAUCGCUGGCCUCGGCCCAGUCCGUGUCGAACCCGCUGCCCCUAGGCUACCCCCACCCACCCUUCUCUCCUCCGUGCCCCGAUAGCCUGGCAUCAGAUGCCAUCUCCGUGUACAGCCUGAGCUCCGUAGCCUCGUCCUUGAGCUUUGUGUCCAAACCAGAGUGCGGUGGCGAUUUUCAGGGCCAGCGUGCACGGCAGAUGGAGCAGGAGCGCCUUCGCGGCGGGGCGGGGCUUUUCUCAGGACGCCACGGGAGUGUCCCAAGGAGCCGGUCCUCGCCACACGGGGCGGCAGGUGGCCGCAAGGAGGAGGAGGAGUAUCAGGGGUACUCCAUCAUCAGCAGUGAGCCACUGGGCAGCCAUUGUGACUCUCUGCCUCUGCCACGGAGGAAGGCACAUAGGGGGGGUGUGGCCGGUGACGGCGUGGGGCGGGGCUAUGGGGCAUCUGUCUCUACACGGGGUAGUGUCAGCACACCCACGUCUCCCGUCAAAGCGGGCCCUGUAGCCAGCCCGAGCCCCCCGGCCCGAAAGGCAGGCAAAGCCAGCAGCUCGGACACGGGCGAGUCGGACCAGUCCAGCACCGAGACCGACAGCACCGUCAAAUCGCAGGAGGACAGGGUGGUGGCGGCACCCCCACUGGACCCCCAGGAACUGGCUGAGAAGAUCCUGGAGGAGACACAGUGCCACCUGCGGGCGGUGGAGAGCUUGCAGAGGGGUGGGGCUGGCAGCACGGUGGGCGGGGCCUCCACUCCAACCGGAGGUUCCGCCUUCCGCUUAUCAGAGACCAGCGCCUUCAGCCGGCCCCAAAGCAGCAACAGCACCAAGACCAACUCCUCACCCCUGCCCACCCGCCCCAAGCCGCCCUCCCGAUCGUCCUCCCUGCAGAAGGUCAGCUCCGGCUACAGCAGCCCAGCCAACUCGGACACCUCCCUGAAGGAAGCCGGCCAGCCAUCCCCCACCUCGGACAGCCACUCCCAGGUCAAGCUCAAGUACCCCAGCUCGCCCUACAGCGGACACAUCUCGCGCUCCCCCAGCAACGUGUCCCCCAGCUCGGGCCACCAGUCUCCUGCUGGCAGCGCCCCCUCCCCCGCUCUUUCCUACUCCUCCACAGGCUCUACGCGCUCCAGCCCGGCCAAUGCCCCCGACCUGGACCGGCUGAAGAGGGCAGCCAUCGAUGAGAAGGUCCAGGCCAUCCACAACCUAAAGACGUUCUGGGCCAGUGCUGGCCAGCAGUCAGGGCAGCAGCACUCUGGUCCCAUGCGGGUCCUCCGGGGAGGAUCUGGAGUCACAGGCACUGCCAAGAGGGACGUGCUGAACCUCCUGAACCUCUCCCCACGCCAUGAUGGUGAUAGCCCAGAGCUACGCUCAUUUGAUGCUCGCUCUAGGAACCCACCCAAUGGCCAUCACCAAAAUGCCAGGAAAGCCACCCCCUCUCCCACCACCUCUACCAGCAGCAGUCCUGGUGCACGCCCUGUCAGACUUCCUGCCGGGAACGGCUAUAAAUUCCUGUCACCCGGCCGUUUCUUCCCCUCCUCCAAAUGCUGAGACCGGGAGUCUUCCACUUUGGUGUUAUCACCCAUUGGCUGUUCUGUCCAUGGGGGUGAGUUUGGCGCUUCCUGGACGUCCUGAUUGGUCGAGAUGAUGUAGCGCGCUUGCAGAGCAUGAUGUGCUUGGGUGGGACUUGUUUAAGGUUGGAAACCUCAGGAGCAUCUUCUCCCAAUACCCAGCAACACUGUAAACAGCAAAAACAAUGACUCUGUGACCUGACACUGUGCGUGUCAGAAAGACUUAAACACCAAGCAGUAUUUCCUCAACAAAAAAAAAAGUGUACUGUUUGUGUAAGCCAAGGCGACAGAGCUGUGAUUGGUCUGCUUCAUUUUAUUUUAAUUAUUGUUAUUAUUAUUAAUAUUAUUAUUGAUUGUUAUUGUUAUUAUAAUUAUUAUGUUUUGUAAAUUAAAUCCAGUGUUUCACAAUCAGUAUUAAACAUUUUAUAUUAUUAAAAGCGAACAAAACUGUACCAUGUAAAAAGAGAAGGUUAAAAAAAGAUAUUUUUAUUGAAACAGCAAAAAUAGGCAUUUGGCCUGAUUUCUUUGUGAGUUUGAGUGUCUAUAUAAAAAGCAUGGGUUAUCUUCUGUUUGAUGUUAAGUACAAGGUAUGACUUUUUAAACACACAAUUUUGAACACAUGGGAAAUACAAAAAACAGGCCUUCCUCUCUUAGUCAUUUAUCAGUAAAUUUGUUUCAAUAAAAUUACGUUUGCUCUCG